GUUACAGCCAACUAUUUGCUCGAAACGAUCAUUUUAUGGAAAUUAUUGUGACAGAAUAGCGCCGAAGGUGGGAGUCAAAAUUAUUAGCUCAGCAAUAACAGUCAUUGUUCGAGCUCUCCUUAUGCCUUUAUUUCGUCAUUUAUUCGUCUUAUUUCAACGAUGGCAAGGAUGUCUAAACGAAGAUCUGAUGAAUUUGAACCAAAAGCUGGAUGCUCUAAAGAUCGUGGCACAAUGAUCGGUCAAACUGGUAAUGAUGAUUCUGGUGAUGUAGAAGGAGCUGGUAGCAGUUGCAAGAAGAUUAAGUAUAUGACACCAGUCGAAGAGUGGCCAUCACAACUUUUUGGGGAGACGUGGCGAUUCCCACUUCGCAACCUUGAUUAUGGCUGUGCCUACCAGCUGUUUUGUCAUCUUCAGCCCAGUUUGCGCUUACGCGAACUGCAGUGUGUGCGGGUCGUAUUUCUUGAUGUUGGUGUCGCGGAUGUGUUGUGAAAAGCCUGUCAUGCAUCUGCAGUGUGAAGCUCACUUACAUGCAUUAUGGUCGCAUGCUGAGCAAUACGAUUACCACCUAUGCUUAUUCACAAAGAAAACACCGAAAUUUCAUUCUGUUGGCAAUUUUUUUACUGAUAUUGCAUUUCUGAGUUGAAGUGAUUAAUGUACGCGGAAGUUACAUGAAUUAAAUUUACUCGAAAUAAGUGGUGAAAAGUGAAGACUGAAUAUGCAUUUGAGGUUUACGUGGGGUAAAUACAUUUAGAACAGUAUAUAUUUGACUUAUAGUACGUAUAGUACCUAGAACGCCUUCAAGACUAUGCGAAAUUCAAUGCACACUAUCCAUUCAUGUGGUAAAGUUUAAAUAUACGUAAGGUCUCGGUUUAACUACUAACUAUAUCUUUUAGAUUUCAUCGUCC